AUGUCUUCACGGCCUAACUCGCCGGAAUUACCCUCCUCCCCGGCCGCUGACGAAUUGGACGACCUCCAGAUUCGAAGGCUCACCCUGCUUCUUCCUUUCAUUUUCAGGUUAGCUGCUCACAGUGAUCACAACCGCCAUUACGACGACACCCUCCUCGAUCUUGCCCUCCGGGUCAUCCUCUUUAACCCUGCCACCGGAUCUACCACCGUCAUGAUCGACCGCUCCCUCGACUUGGACUCGCUGCUCGAGGAGGCUCCCUCGAAGUCCUGGUUGUUGCCCGCCUCCAAGGAUUCCAUGGCGGCCAUGCCCACCGUCGUCAUCACCGACCAAGAUUCACAGUGUGCGGUUUGCUUGGAAGAUUACGAGGUCGGGGACGAGGCUAGGGAGAUGCCUUGCAUGCAUAGAUUUCACUCUCGCUGCAUCGAGAAGUGGCUAGGCAUUCACGGCGCGUGUCCCAUUUACCGAUUCCCGAUGCCCCUAGCUGAUGGGGAUGAGGAGCUUGAUGAUGACGCAACGGCGGAGAGUAACGAUGACCUCAUGCAAGCGGGUUUCGUAACCUGA